AUAGAAACACUGAAAUGGCCGUUGAAUAAUUCAGUUUCUCUCGAUAGAUGACUCUGAUUUUAGUUUCCACCACUGUGCCCCGCCCCAAAAACGUCGAAAUUUCAGACAUUCAGACCAACGAAACGCGGUAUAGGGAUUCCUCUCAGCCUGGACCAACCAGGGUUCUAUGACUCUGCGCCUACCAUCUAUUCUAUACCUUGCCAUGGCUAUGGCGGUGUAUUCGGUAUCUGUUAGAACAACCAACAAUUUAACAUUUGGAAUUUCGAUAUGACUUCUGCAAUUCACUUUGAAAUAGUAGUGAAGUGAAACAGCGUUCGGGGUGCAUCAUAAUUUUUUCUGGUACAGCUUGAAGCUUCUUGUUAGUUAAGCUUUGCUUGAAAGCUUUUUCAGGCCAUGUCAAUUGGUCAAUUGUGUGACUAAUGUAGAUUUUACUCAUAAUUCCUACCUGAGACAUUGUACUGCAUUGUCCAAAUAUCUUAAAAAAAUGGGGCCUUCUAAUGCUGUACCUGGGUUUGAUGUUGUAGCCCAAAUGAAUACGUUUACUUCAUUUGUUUCAAUGCUCUCUGAUCCUGGAGCAAAAGACGAAAACAAGUUGAAAGCAGCCCAAGAGCUGAGUGAAAAUUUAGAAAUUAUUGUCAGUUCUCCACAGUAUCCAGCUUUCUUGGAUCAUGCAAUGAAAAAUUUUCUCAAGAUUCUGCAAGACAGUGAGCCACUAUUCAUUGCAGAAUACAAUAUCCAGCAAGUGCGUAAAUUGAUUCUAGAAAUGUUUCAUCGUCUCCCAACAAAUGAGCACUUAAGGCCAUAUGUGAAGCAAUCACUUAACUUGAUGUUCAGGUUACUUGAGAGAGAGAAUGAAGAUAAUGUGCUUAUAUGUCUUCGAAUUAUAAUUGAACUUCACAAGCAAUACCGUCCACAGUAUAGUGUGGAAAUCCAAACUUUUCUUCAAUUUGUCAAAGGCAUCUACCAUGAUCUACCCAAUCAUUUAAACAAGAUAUUUGAACCAAGAUCGCCUAUCAAAGUUAAGGACUUAAGUGAAUUAAACAUUGAAGAAGUUCUGGCUGAAACAUUUACAGCUACAGUUGUACUCACAGAGACGAGGACACCUGAUGGAAACAACAUAUCAUAUAACUUGAUACCAAAAGGAGUGUUAUCGUUAAAAGUGUUGCAAGAAUUGCCGAUAAUAGUUGUCCUGAUGUAUCAGCUUUACAAGCAUAAUGUCCAUCAGGAUGUAGCAGAGUUCAUACCUCUAAUCAUGACAACAAUAACUCUACAGCCAUCAACUCAGCACAAGACGAAUCCUGGAUUCAACAAAGAGAUUUUCGUAGACUUCAUUGGAGCACAAAUCAAAACCCUGUCUUUCCUGGCAUACAUCAUUCGGAUAUAUCAAGAAGCUGUUGCCCAACAAGCUGCUCUAAUGGUUAAGGGAAUCUUAGGGCUUUUAAGUCUGUGCCCUAUGGAAGUGGCCCAUUUACGAAAAGAGUUACUCAUAGCAUCAAGGCACAUACUGGCUACCGACCUACGCCUCCAUUUUAUUCCAUUUAUGGAACGUUUGUUUGACGAAAAUUUACUAUUUGGUAAAGGCUGGACAACCAAUGAAUCUUUACGACCAUUAGCCUACAGCACUUUAGCCGACCUAGUUCAUCAUGUUCGUCAACAUCUUCCAAUGCUGGAUCUUGCUCGAGCUGUUCAUUUGUUCUCAAAAAAUGUUCAUGAUGAAUCGCUUCCAACAAGUAUCCAGACAAUGUCAUGCAAAUUAUUGUUGAAUUUGGUUGAGUGCAUACGUCAACGUUCCGAUGUUGAAAACGGACCUGGCAGGGAGUUGCUAAUAGAAAUGCUUGAAGUUUUUGUUUUAAAAUUCAAAAGCAUUGUGAAACUGCAAUUACCUACGUUAAUGGGGACGAAAAAUAAACAAGAUUCCAAUGGACCGAUCACCACUCCCAGCAGCGAGCCUUCGUCUCCUUCUUUAAGCUGGUCACAGAACGGAUCCCAUCCACAAUCGUCGUCUUCACCGUCAGCUGGGAAUGAAAUAAAAUCAGAAGAUACACGGUCAUCGCUAAUCCUCUUAGAUGAAAAAGAGAAAGUGAUGAAAUUUACAGUUCGAACGGCGGGUCCUGCGUUCAGUAUCACUGAAUGUCGGAGCUUGGUCAAGACUCUGGUUUGUGGCGUCAAAACUAUCACAUGGGGAUGUGCUGCCUGCAAGACUCCUCUUGAAAGUAAAACUACUGCAGCAUCUACAGGGAAGAAUUUGCAACCUAAGGAAACUGUGAUAUUCAUCCGUUUAGUGCAGUGGGCCAUGAAGGCACUUGAUGUUUACGCGUUGAACAUUCCUAGUGCGGUCGUGGCGGAAACAACGGGUAGCCUUAAUAGCACGUUGACUGGCUUUCCCGCCGCCGGAGUAACUGCCAAUCGGCAAACUGUGCCUGCGCAAACUAUUCGUUCUAAGGAAGAGAAAGAAGUGUUGGAACAUUUUGCUGGUGUGUUUGCCAUGAUGAAUCCCCAGACCUUCAAGGAAGUCUUUGCAACAACUAUUGAAUACGUAGUGGAGCGCAUUUAUCGUAAUAGCGCUUUGCAAGUAGUGGCAAAUUCUUUUCUAGCGAACCCCUCAACCUCGGCAGUUUUUGCUACCAUUCUCGUCGAAUAUCUACUGAACCAUAUGGAAGAAAUGGGAUUAAAUGUGGAACGCUCAAAUCUUUAUUUGAAGUUGUUUAAACUGGUUUUUGGUAGUGUUUCCCUUUUUGCUGCAGAAAAUGAACAAAUGCUAAAGCCUCAUCUGCCUCAUAUUGUCAACAAAUCCAUGGAGCUAGCAUUAAGCGCGAAGGAACCCUACAAUUACUUCCUCCUAUUGCGGGCGCUUUUCCGGUCCAUCGGAGGAGGUAGUCAUGAUCUUCUAUAUCAAGAAUUUUUGCCGUUGCUUCCGAAUCUUCUUCAAAGUCUUAACAGUCUUCAAAGCGGACUUCACAAACAGCAUAUGAAGGAUCUUUUCGUGGAACUAUGCCUAACUGUUCCCGUACGGUUAUCCUCGUUACUUCCGUACCUGCCGAUGCUUAUGGACCCCCUAGUAUCGUCCCUGAAUGGAUCACAGACGUUAGUAAGCCAAGGUUUGCGGACUUUAGAGCUUUGCGUCGAUAAUCUACAACCAGACUUUCUUUACGAGCAUAUACAACCCGUAAGAGCUGAGCUGAUGCAGGCACUAUGGCGUACUUUGAGAAAUCCAAACGACCAAAUCGCCCACGUCGCCUUCAGAGUCCUUGGUAAAUUUGGAGGUGGCAACCGCAAAAUGAUGGUUGAACCACAGCGAUUGGAUUAUUGGGACAAAGAUUCUGGCCCAUGCGUCGUUAUUCACUUUCAAGAAUUGAAACAGCCCGUUUCGUUGCCCGUCGAAAAGAUCAUGGAAACUGCUUUUUCUGCUUUGAAAUCAAGUAGUACGGAACCUUUUUAUCGGACGCAGUGUUGGGAAGUCGUUCGCUGCUUCCUGUUAUCCUCUCUUCAUCUGGACGACGAUCGUCUUGUAAUGCAGCGCUUGUUGUCUCAUCAUUCGUUCUUAGAGGGAGAUGUCCAUCCUGUACAAAGUCCAUCGUUCCAGUGCAGUGACAAGCAAGCAAGACAUGUUCAUCAAACGGCAGUCACUGCAAUGUUCGUCGCCGCUGCUAUAAAGGAAUUGCGACAAGCCGUUCUGCCCACCAUGGUAUCGUUAGUCCGACACUACACUCUAGUUGCCGUCGUCCAGCAGGCCGGGCCUUUUCCAAUGCUUGUACCAGGUCGCUCUGCGCAGCGUAUUCUGGGGAUGGAUCCACUUGUCCUAGUCGAUGCCCUGGCCACAAUAAUGGGCCACGAAGAGAAAGAGCUCUGCAAACCAGGACAUUUGGCGCUGGUGUUGAUGCUCGACACGGCGUCCAUCGUUCUUGGCUCUAAAGAGAGAGCUUGCAAACUUCCCCUCAUGGAAUACCUGGCUGAACGGAUGUGUAGCCUUUGCUACGAUCGAGCUUGGUACGCUAAAUUGGGGGGCUGCAUUGCUAUCAAGUUCCUGUUUGAACGAAUGGCAUUCAAGUGGGUUCUCGAUCACCAAUAUGUGUUCCUAAAGGCUCUUCUAUUUGUUAUGAUGGAUCUCACUGGCGAAGUAUCAAGUGGAGCCAUCGACAUGGCUAAAGCCAAUUUGGAAAAAAUGCUUCUCUUGUGUGCUACUCCGCUGCCUGAACUUUUGCCUUCUCCUGAGAUAGUAUCGGCGCAAAAGAAAAGUUUGCAUGACGUGACUCACGAACUCGUACGACAGGUCACCAGUCCAAACUCGACGGUACGUGAACAGGCCAUGCACCUGUUACAGGUAUUGGCGCGCAUCACGAAUCAAACGCCAACAGCCAUCAUGGAACCACACAAAGAAGUUUUGGCCGACAUGAUUCCUCCAAAAAAGCAUUUGUUGAGGCACCAGCCAGUCAACGCUCAAAUCGGCCUAAUGGACGGCAAUACCUUUUGUACUACCUUGAAGCCGCGACUCUUCACGAUUGAUCUCAACGUGGUUGAGCACAAGGUCUUUUUUCACGAGUUGCUUUCACUGUGCGAGGUGGACGACACAGUUCUUUUGAAACUACCCUGCUACAAGUCCGUCAGCAAUCUGACACCACUGAGGAAGUCUGCUUUGCAAGCCCUGGCCGCUUGUCACUACAUAACACAGUGCCGCGACAAGAUUCUAAACGUGAUCUUCAAAGCUUUGAGUUGCAACAACGCUGAGCUGCAAGAAACAGCGUUCUCCUGUAUGAAAAAGAUACUGGUUGGCACUCAAAUCGAAAUGGAAACGGUGCACGCAGCCGUUCGUCCGUUACUACUCCUGCUGGGUGACUAUCGCAGCUUGUCUACCAACGUCAUACUGCGCCUGUCGCACACGACGCAACUUUUCCCCCACGUCUUCAAUGAGAAGCUUUGUGAGCAACUUCUUCAACAUUUGCGCAAGUGGCUGGAAGUAGUCAUCGUGGCGUUCAAGACUGGAGGGAAUCGUCCCGUUGCAACCCAUUCUAGUCACGGUCCUUUCAGCAGCAGCACCAGCAGCAGCAGUCUUUGUAGCAAUGAAGUUAAGGUGGCCAUCGGCAUCAUCGGCCUGUUCCAUCAGAUACCAGCUGCUUCGGCCAGAUUCCUCGAAAUACUCUGCAAACUCGUACUGCAAACAGAGCGCGCUUUAGGAUUAGAGCCAGGCAGUCCAUUCCGCGAGCCGUUAAUAAAAUUUCUUUUGCGAUACCCGACAGAGACGAUCGACCUUCUUUUACGAGACGACAUAAUUGCCGAUGCCGAUUGGAAUCGCUUUUUGGAGCACUUUGUGCGUCACAGCGAUGGCAAACCUUUUCGUGACGCCAUCAAGGGCAACACAACUCGAUUGAUAAAUUUCGUGCUUGGCGGAAUCUCUUCGGAGUCUGCCACCGCCAAGCCUCAUGCGCUGCAAGUGACUGUUCGAAUCUUGCGCAUCAUCAUUUGCAAAGAUGACCAGUGGAUAUCGGAACAACCGGAAUUGAUCAACGUUUUGACGAAAGCCUGGUGCUCGGGUCGCUAUGACGAGAAGAAAACCAGCGAUCUCUCAAUUGCUGAGCGAAAAGAGCAGCGCCAACUGGCCAAAAUUCUGUUGCACUACUUUCAACAGCACCCCGAAGAAGUUGAAUUGCUGUUUCAUUUGAUGCGCGCGUUGUGCGAUCGCACCAUUCCCGACUUUUAUUUCUUGAAAGAAUUUUUAGAGAAAACUGUCGGCCAGUCGUAUGGCGCCGACUGGAAGCGAGCAUCAUUCUUCAAAUUUGUGGAGCUUUUCCGAAAUCCCAAUCUCGGCCAGGAACUGAAAGCCAAAAUCCUGCAGCACAUCAUCAUUCCCGGAUUCUCUGUCAGUUUCGAAAGAGGAGAAGGUGAAUUGCUUAUAGGGACACCGCCAACUCCCGAUCAAGACAAUAAUGAGAGCGUGGUCAGCGUUUUCAUCAACAAAGUGAUUGAUCCGGAUAAUCCUUUUGGAACUUCGGAUGCCGUUCGGAUAUUACUACUUCAGUUGAGCUGCCUGUUGGUCGAGCAAGCUUCGCAACACAUUCACGAUGCGGCCAACAAACGCCAAGGAAACAAACUGCGCCGCUUGAUGACUUUUGCGUGGCCCUGCCUUUUGAGCAAGAAUUGCGUCGAUCCAACCACCCGUUACCAUGGCCAUCUUCUGCUCAGCCAUAUUAUAGCCAAGUUCGCCAUACACAAACGGAUUGUGUUGCAGGUUUUCCACAGUUUGCUGAAGGCCCACGCCGUUGAGGCGCGCAGCGUCGUCCGACAGGCGCUCGAAAUCCUGACACCAGCCAUGCCUCUCCGUAUGGAAGAUGGCAACACGAUGCUUACCCAUUGGACGAAAAAAAUCAUUGUUGAAGAAGGUCACACCAUCGCUCAGCUGGUGCACAUCCUGCAAUUACUGGUGCGCCACUACAAAGUCUAUUAUCCGGUUCGACAUCACCUGGUGCAGUACAUGAUAACUUCGAUUCAGCGUCUUGGAUUUACUCCCACCGCCACGCUGGAGCACAAGAAAUUAGCUGUCGAAUUGGCUGAAGUUGUUCUCAAGUGGGAACUGCAGCGCAUGAAGGAUGAAGCCGAUUCGGGAGGUGAAUCUUGCGAUGAGACCUUGCCAUCAGGCUCGCAAAAAAGAGCAGGCAACGACGGACAACCAGAGCUAAAGAAGCCGAGACUUGCAUCAUCAUCUUCCUCCGGCAAAACGCUAGAAGUCAGUAAACCCAUUGAGAAAACUCAUUGCGACGCUAUUGCAAACUUUUUGCUAAGGCUAGCCUGUCAGGUGAACGAUGCCACUUCCACCGCCAACAGCUCGGGAGAGCAGUUAUCUAAACGGUGUGUAGCCCUUCUGAAGAUGGCUUUGAAACCUGACGUUUGGCCCAAUUGUGAGCUGAAACUGGCUUGGUUCGAUCGCCUGUUCCAGACGGCGGAUAAUACCCCCGCGGCUGCAACCGCGUCGGCCGCGACAGUCUCUGCGCCAAAUUUUACCAACAUUUGCACAGCUCUCGAUUUACUCACUUUUCUGCUGAGUAUAUUACGCAAAGAACAAAUUCUAGCCGGAUUUAAACCGCUUCAACGUGGCCUUUCUUCACUCAUGAACUGCGUGAACCCUAAGGUUGUACGAUGUCUUCACGGGCUGCUUUCUCGUCUGAUGUCCGUGUUCCCUACCGAGCCAACCAACUCCAACGUGGCGUCGAAGCACGAAGAACUAGAAGGCUUGUACGCUGCCGUUACGAAAGCCAUUUACGAAGGUCUAGGUGCCUAUGAGAGAAACACGACCGCUCCGUCCACGUCUUUGCUUGGAACCUUGAUGCUACUGAAAGCUGCCUGUACCAACAAUCCGUGCUACAUCGAUCGGCUCAUAACAUCUUUCAUGCGAGCGCUGCAAAGAAUGGCGCGUGAACAUUCAGCGCCUGCAACUGGCGAUCGCCAGACGACUGCGGCCAGCACUACGACUGAGAGUGGCUUCAGCUCGUGCGAAUUACUCAUCCUCAGCCUCGAUUUGGUAAAGAAUCGUGUGGGAGUCAUGGGUGUUGAGAUGAGGAAAGCUUUCAUCGGCUCUAUUCUCGUCGGCCUCCUAGAAAAGAGCAAUGAGCCUAAAGUUGUGCGCUCCAUUGUGCGCAUGCUGGACGAGUGGAUGAAAACCAAAACACCGAUCGCCAUCAACCAAGGGCCGAGUUUGCGUGAAAAAUCAAUUCUCCUCGUCAAGAUGAUGCAGUGUUUGGAAAAACGUUUCCCUGACGACGUGGAAUUGAACAUUGCUUUUCUGGAACUCAUCAAUUUCGUGUACUGUGAGGAAUCCCUGAAAGGUUCGGAACUGGUUUCCAAGUUGGAACCUGCCUUCCUCGCUGGCCUCCGCUGUCCUCAGCCGUCAACCAGAGCAAAGUUUUUCCACGUUCUGGAUACCAGCAUGAGGCGGCGUCUGCAUGACAGGCUGUUAUACAUAGUUUGCUCCCAAAAUUGGGAAGCCAUUUCAGCUCAUUAUUGGAUAAAGCAAUGUCUGGAGCUGAUUUUGGUCACGUCUGUUUCCGGUGCUCCCAUCCAUACGGCUCCUGCUUCGGCAUUGCUCCCUGGCGUUACAUCUGUCAUCGCUACGGCGGAUGCUAGUGAAAGAGAAAACUUCAGCGUCGCCGGAAACAUUAAAGAGGAGCCCGAGGAAUUGCUUGACGUUUUCGCUCAUGUUAAGGAAGAUGAUAUUGACAUGGAUUUAAGCAACGCUCCCAAUGAUCCGCUCACGCCGUCUGGCGUGAACAAGACUGGCCUAGCCACACUGGUCAACCGUCAAGUCAAAUUUCUGGAAAGCGGCCGGGAAAUAACGUCGGCACAAUUUCUGGAAGCGGUCGCACAACUGGCCCAUAUGGAUACAUCUCUAGCUGAAGUCCUUUGGUUGGAUCUGUUCCCACGUAUCUGGAAGGUGCUCGGUGAACGGCAACAGCAAGCGCUUUCCGUUGAACUAGUUCCGUUUUUGUGCAGUGGCGCGCAUGUCGUUCAAAGAGAUUGCCAACCAAGUGCCAUCAACACUUUCGCUGAAGCCUUAUCGUUAUGUGUGCCGCCGAUUCGCAUUAAGCCCUGCCUGUUGAAGUACCUGGGAAAAUCGCAUAAUCUGUGGCAUCGAACGACUCUGAUGUUGGAACAAUUAGCAUUUGACAGCGGCAACUCCACCGCGCACACCAAGGUCAGUACAAAUAUUUGCGCGAAGAAAGAAGAACGACACAAUUUCAUUUUUAUUCGCGUCAAGGUGAAACAAAAAGAAGCUGGCAACGAUUUCGAUUUGGACCCCGGAGCCGUUUCGCAUCACGAAACCUUAGACGCCCUCUCCGAGAUGUACAGCACACUUAAAGAAGAAGACUUGUGGAGUGGAUUGUGGCAACGUCGUGCUCACUUGCCCGAAACCAUCAUCGCUGUUGCUUAUGAACAACAAGGGUUCUUUGAGCAAGCUCAAGGAACUUACGAGCUUGCCAUGACCAAAGUGCGACAAGAAUUCGCUAACACACCAGCUCCAAUUUCUCUUCAGAGCGAAUAUAGAUUACUCGAAGACCAUUGGAUGCGUUGCGGCAAAGAGUUAAAUCAGUGGGAACUGCUCCAAGAGUUUGGUUGCUCUCCCGAAUGUUUGAAUUAUCAGCUGGUUUUAGAAAGUGCCUGGCGCACACCGAACUGGGUUGUCGUUCGAGAUGCGUUAACUCAAUUGGAACAAGCGUGUCCAAAGGAAUAUGCUUGGAAGGUGAAUUUGUACCGUGGAUUUUUGGCCAUGUGUCAUCCUGAGGAACAACAUACCAACAUGGUUGAACGCUACGUAGAACUAGCCAGCAGUCUGUGCAUUCGCGAGUGGCGACGUCUACCAGCCAUUGUGUCUCAUGUUCACUUGACGACUCUUCAAGCUGCUCAGCAGGUAGUCGAACUUCAGGAAGCUGCACAGAUUCAUCAAGGGCUACUUCAGUCUCGACCUGGAACGCUGCAUGACGUGAAGGCCAUCGUCAAAACAUGGAGGAACAGAUUGCCAGUCAUCGCAGAUGAUCUGAGUCAUUGGAGCGACGUCUUUACAUGGAGGCAGCACCACUACCAGUUUAUCGUGUCACACUAUGACCAACAAAGUGAUCAGCAGGCCAGUGCUCAAUCGAUGCUCGGAGUUCACGCUUCCGCCCAGGCCAUCAUCCAUUUCGGCAAGGUGGCCCGAAAGCACAAUUUAACGGGCGUAUGUCUUGAUUCUUUAGCAAGAAUCUACAGCAUCCCUAGUGUUCCCAUUGUCGAUUGCUUUCAAAAAAUCAGACAGCAAGUGAAAUGCUACCUUCAGGCUGCCAACGUGUUGGGAAAAAAUGAAUUGCAAGAAGGAUUGGAAGUAAUAGAGUCGACCAAUUUGAAGUACUUUGCCAAGGAAAUGACGGCGGAGCUUUACGCUCUGAAAGGAAUGCUGCUUGCUCAAAUCGGCAGGCCGGAUGAUGCGAAUAAAGCGUUUUCUGCUGCCGUGCAAAUGCACGACACAUUGGUGAAAGCCUGGGCUUUGUGGGGUGACCAUUUGGAACAAGUAUUCACUAAAGAUUCACGCAAUAUCGGCAUUGGAAUAUCGGCCAUCACAUGCUUCCUACAUGCAUGUCGUCAUCAAAAUGAAUCAAAAUCGAGGAAAUAUCUGGCUAAAGUGUUGUGGCUGCUUACCUACGACGACGACAAGCUGUCAUUAGCUGAAGCCUUGGACAAGUAUUGCGUCGGUGUUCCACCAGUUCAGUGGUUACCGUGGAUCCCGCAACUACUAGUUUGCCUUGUGCGCGACGAAGGAAAGUUAGUCCUUAACUUAUUGAGCCAAGUUGGACGAAUGUUCCCUCAGGCAGUGUACUUCCCCAUCCGCACAUUGUACCUGACGCUGAAAAUCGAACAGAGAGAACGUUACAAGUCCGCUGAAUUAGCAGCCACCCAGGCCACGGCUGACAGUGGUUCCACUGUUGGCAACGGGACACCCCAGGCUAGUACACCAGUUGCUGCUGGGGCAGAAGCAGCUGGGCCCAUCAAAGCCACUGAGCCAAUGUGGCGUUGUUCGCGGAUUAUGCACAUGCAGAGGGACUUGCAUCCUACUGUUCUGUCGUCUCUCGAAGGCAUCGUCGAUCAAAUGGUUUGGUUUAGGGAAAAUUGGUAUGAAGAAGUAUUGCGGCAGUUGCGACAAGGUCUCGCCAAAUGUUAUGCCAUUGCUUUUGAAAAUCGAGGAUCCGUUGCCGAAGCCACCAUCACUCCGCACACGCUGAGUUUCGUCAAAAAGCUGGUAGCGACGUUCGGCAUAGGCAUCGAAAACAUUGCCAAUUCAGCCAGCGGCUCGUUCAGCAGCGCCGCGUCGGAGAGUUUAGCUCGGCGAGCUCAAGCCACGGCACAGGAUCCUGUUUUUCAACGGAUGAAGACGCAAUUCUCUACCGAUUUUGAUUUCACGUUGCCGGGUGCCAUGAAACUCCACAAUCUUAUUCACAAAUUGAAAAAGUGGAUAAAAAUUUUGGAAGCCAAAACGAAACUGUUGCCAAGGUCAUUCCUUAUUGAGGAAAAGUGCCGAUUUCUCAGCAAUUUCAACCUACAGACGGCAGAAGUCGAACUACCUGGAGAAUUCCUGCUGCCCAAGCAUACUCAUUACUACGUGCGAAUAGCCCGUUUCUUGCCACGCGUGGAAAUCGUUCAGAAGCACAACACGGCAGCCCGACGUCUUUACAUUCGAGGACACAACGGCAAAAUCUACCCGUACUUGGUUGUAAACGAUGCAGGUCUUGGCGACGCCCGGAGAGAAGAACGAGUCCUACAGUUGCUUAGAAUGUUGAACAACUACUUGAAUAAGCAUAAAGAGACGUCCAAGAGAUUCUUAAACUUCACUGUUCCGCGCGUUGUGGCUGUAUCACCGCAGAUGAGACUAGUAGAAGACAACCCAUCCAGCGCCACGUUGCUGGACAUCUACAGAUUGCGCUGCGUGAAGCGAAACAUUGAGCACGACAUGCCUAUCGCCAAAUACUACGAAAGACUAGCCACUAUUCAAGCCAGAGGCUGUCAGGCUAGUCACCAGGUGUUGCGUGAUAUCCACAAAGAUGUACAGCAAAUUAUGGUACCGCGAACUUUGUUGCGUGAAUGGGCCAACGUCACAUUCCCGACAGCCACGUUUUACUGGACCUUCCGCAAAAUGCUGACAUUGCAAAUGGCGCUGGUCAAUCUGGCCGAAUACGUGCUGCACCUUACACGUCUCAAUGCCGAUAUGCUCUACAUCCAUCAAGAUUCGGGUCUUCUUAGUGUCUCCUACUUUAAGUUUGACGUUGAAGACUCAAACGGGGAAUUAGAUGCCAAUAGACCGGUGCCUUUUCGUCUCACGCCGAACCUGGCCGAUUUUCUAACGAUGAUUGGAGUGGCCGGUCCUCUUACCGCCAGUAUGAUUGCUGCGGCUCGUUGUUUGGUUCAGCCGAGUGUCAAGGUUUCUGCCAUAUUGAAAGCUAUUCUGCGUGACGAGAUGAUCGCCUGGCAUAAGAAGAAAACGGCUGACGAAAAGGAAAAGGAAGGCGGAGGAAGCGUCCAAGUGGAAGGAGAUAUUUUAAUUGGUUUGGUCAAUAAAGCUGUCACUGCGAUAAUCAACAGGCUGCAAAGUUUGUCCACUUUCGAUGGAAAUGAGUCUAAAGUCAGCACUUUGGUCGCCGCAGCCAACAGUAACGACAAUUUGUGCCGAAUGGAUCCAGCUUGGCAUCCCUGGCUGUAACUUAACCGUUUCCCCUUGUCCUUCGUGUCUGAAAUCAAAUGUAAAACUUCAUGUAACCAAGUAUACUGACUCGCUUCAUCAAUACACGUGUCAAUUAUUUUA